UCGAAUAAGGAGGAGGAAGGAGAGGAGGAAACUGAAUAUCUGGGCCCGGUUUCCCUCAUGCAUCUUAAGGCAUCCAAUGGUUCUAACGAUGAACUUAGCAAUAAGAUGGUUUUGAGAAACCGUUCCCUGAUUAACACUAGAGAGAGACAUGACUAUUGUGGAUCCUCUGGGGAGCCUCAACAACAUCAUGAAGCUGAUGAGGCAAAGAAGAGUCUCUCCACAUCAGAAACUAUCAAAAAACACCAGCAGAGAUCCACAGAGAAGAAAUCUCAACGCUGCUCUGACUGUGGGAAGACCUUUUCAAGAUUAUAUACAUUACAAUCACACCAGAGAAUUCACACUGGAGAGAAACUUUUCAGCUGCGAUCAAUGUGGGAAGAGUUUUGUUACAUCUGGCUGUCUGACUGUACACCAGAGAACACACACAGGAGAGAAACCUUAUAGCUGUGAUCAAUGUAAAAAGAGUUUUGUUACUUCGAGCUCUCUGACUAUACACCAGAGAACACACACAGGAGAGAAACCUUAUUGCUGUAAUCAAUGUGGGAAAAGUUUUGUUUCAUCUAGCCGUAUGACAAUACACCAGAGAACACAUACAGGAGAGAAAUCUUAUAGCUGUGAUCAAUGUGGGAAGAGUUUUGUUUCAUCUAGCCAUCUGACUAUACACCAGAGAAUACACACAGGAGAGAAAGCUUACCACUGCUCUGACUGUGGAAAGAGUUUUUCUAUCUCAGGAAAUUUUAAAUCACACCAGAGAACACACACAGGAGAGAAACCUUAUAGCUGUAAUCAAUGUGGGAAGAGUUUUGCUCAAUCAAGCAACCUGAUAGCACACCUGAGAAUACACACUGGAGAGAAACCUCACUGCUGCUCUGAGUGUGGGAAGACCUUCUCAAAAUUAUAUACAUUACAAUCACACCAGAGAAUUCACACUGGAGAGAAACCUUAUAGCUGCUCUGAAUGUGGAAAGAUCUUUUCAAAAUUAUAUACAUUACUAUCACACCAGAGAACACACACUGGAGAGAGGCCUCAUAGCUGUAAGCAAUGUGGGAAGAGUUUUAUUCGCUCAAGCUGCCUGAUGGUACAUCUGAAAAAACACAAAGGAGAAAAAUCCUUUAGCUGUGAUCAAUGUGGGAAGAGAUACUCUGGUAAAAGAUCUCUGAUUAAACAUCAGAAAAUACAUACAUGAAGAAGUUGUUUCAAGAUAUCAAUGAAAUAAUGUCACAAUGUAGAUUGUUUUUAACAUUGUAGAAGGCGUAUUUUAAUUGACAAUGUAGAACCCUAAUAUUUUGCCCCUGUUCUAUUGAUUUCAGUGUGAUAUGGAUAUUAGCCUCAUCAGGGGAAAAAUCCAGGUUCUGAAAUGAAAGUACUAUUUGUGAUUAACAAGAACUUGUUGCAUUACACUUACUGCAUUGGCGACCUACUUGAAUCAAAAUGCAACACUUCAAAAUGUAGCGAGCUAUCACUAACCAGUGAUGUACACAUUAUUCCGUGUGUUUUUGAGCUGAUAGUUUUAU